AGAGUUGGCGCGGGAUCUGCGCUCUGAUGUUUCCGGGAACCUGCGGAGAGCAGCUGGGCCGAAGUUCACCGCGUCCUCCUCAUCCUCAGCCUCCUCUACCGGGGGAUAUUCCGCUCACCGGGACCGGCUUCACUCGCUACGGAGCUCGGGAACUCAUUUACCCUUACAUGAGAGAGACAGUGAGCGCUGACAGACGCUUUAAACCUCAGCAGACACUCGGACCGAUGCUAGCAAGCUAACAGCAUCCUCUCGCGCGGACCGGGAAAUCAAAAUAAUGUCUUUAUUUAUUACUUCUAGUUCAUUUAUACUAGUUUUAUAAAGUGAAUGUGCUUUUUUCUCAGGCACACGUGUGGUGUCAUGUGUGUUAGCGACAGUAGCACAUGUUGUUUAUAGGUUACAGGUGAUUUUACGGUUUGUUGACCAGCUGUAAAUCAGAGUUAUUAUACAGUAAAGCUCAGUCUGAGCUCGCCUUACAUUAAAGGUCUUCUCAGCCUUUUCAAGCAUCAGCCAUGGCUCCGAAAAAGAGACCAGAGCCUAUAGUUCUAACCGGAUCCGGAGAGGCACAGACGACCUCUACAUCCAUCGAUGCAGCUUCAGAAGCGAAUCUGGAGACCCUGCAGAAGAAGCUGGAAGAGCUGGAUCUGGAUGAGCAGCAGAAGAAGCGUCUGGCAGCUUUUCAGACGCAGAAAGCCAAUCUGGGCGACCUGAAAGAUGAUGAAUUCCAGCAUAUCUGUGAGCUGGGAGCUGGAAAUGGAGGUGUGGUUAAUAAAGUGUGCCACAAACCCUCUGGCCUCGUAAUGGCCCGGAAGUUAAUUCAUCUGGAGAUCAAGCCAGCCAUCAGGCACCAGAUCAUCAGGGAGCUGCAGGUCCUGCAUGAGUGUAACUCUCCGUACAUCGUGGGUUUCUACGGGGCGUUUUACAGCGACGGGGAGAUUAGCAUCUGUAUGGAGAACAUGGUACGUUUAGGGGCUUUUUUCCCAAAUUUUUUCAGACCAACCCCAUUGAGCUAA